GGAGAAUUUCUUGGAGAAGAAAAUCAGCUUGGACGUUGAUCAUCGCCUGGCGAUCGUGACUCGAAUUGUGAACUGCGAAUUGUGACAGUCGUCAUUUCCGACUGUUGGCGUCUGUAUUGCGUUUUCAGAAUGGAUGGGCCGGCAGUGCUGUCGAUGCCGCCGCUGACAUCUUCGCAAAAAUCGGCACAGUCACCGCAACCGCAAUCCCAUCCAAAACAGAAUCAGGUGGGUACCGUGUCGCUUUAUGGGAUACACAUCGUGUCGCUGGUGAUCGAGGGCCAGGAGAGGCUGUGCCUCGCACAGAUCAGCAAUACUCUGCUAAAGCAGUUCAGCUACAACGAGAUCCAUAAUCGCCGAGUGGCAUUGGGUAUCACCUGCGUGCAGUGCACGCCGGUGCAACUGGAGAUACUUCGUCGUGCCGGCGCGAUGCCGGUAUCCUCGCGUAGAUGCGGCAUGAUCACUCGUAGAGAGGCGGAACGACUCUGCAAGUCCUUCCUCGGCGACAACGCACCCCCCAGAUUACCCGAGGACUUCGCGUUCUCCGUUCACCACGAGUGCGCCUGGGGCUGCCGCGGCGCAUUUCUGCCCGCCCGUUACAACAGCUCACGCGCCAAGUGCAUCAAGUGCACGUAUUGCGGCCUGUUCUUCUCGCCGAAUAAAUUCAUCUUCCACUCGCACCGUAUCGGCCCGUCCGACAAGUAUGUACAACCGGACGCGGCCAACUUUAACUCCUGGCGCCGUCACAUGAAGCUGUCCGGCAGCCCGCCAGACGAGGUGGUCCACGCCUGGGAGGACGUCAAAGCGAUGUUCAACGGUGGUACCAGGAAACGUUUGCUGGGCAACGCGAAUAGCCCUCGGGAAUCGCCGAGCCCGGCCAAGCAGCCCAGAUCAUCGCCGAACUCAGCCGUCCAGAUUUCCACCCUGGUGCCGACACCGGCGCAUCCCCGCGUACCACCAUUCCCGGAACUACCCCUACCGCUGUCCCGUAAUCUCGUCAUGGAUUAUGUGUGGCAUCAGCAUCAGCAGGCGGCUGCGGUCGCCGCGGCUAAGACACCGGGCCCGUUCGCCUUCCCGCCCUACGCACUGCCCUGGUUGACCAAGCGGAGUCCUAUCCUGUUUCCCGGACCGCUACCGCCGCCCAUAAGCGGUUCCAGCCCCACGGAACCUUUGAUUCCAACCGUCAAUCCAACUUUACAUCAGUCUGCAUUCCGUCCGGUGAUUCGGGGACCACCCAUUGUCGAGCCGGCGGUCAUCCCGGAGCGACCAACAGACGUCAGCCAGAAGGAGGAUAACUCCGACGAUGAGGUCGACAUCGAGACGACGGAGGACGACCCGGUGACCCCGCUCAACGCGAGUCUUCAGAAUCUUCACUCGGCCUCGAAUUCCGCCAUGAGUAGCCACAGCGGACGGAGUACGUCGCCGCAGUGCUGGAGUCCUCCCCGAGAAACGGAACGGGAGGCUGAAAAGAUUGCCGAAGAAACCGCGGCUCUACGUGACGUGAAGACGGAAUUGCCGCCGGCGAGAAGUCCCGAGAGCUGGCACGGCAACGCUUACUAUCGACAUCUCAAUGUUCUGAAGGGGAACGAGCCGGGAGCGGAAAGGGCGGGUUCCGAUUGCUCGGCUUGCCGUCCUACGCGCGGUAUAUUUUACGGCCAAGUCCACAGUCCGUCCGCGCCGACCAAUUAAUCGAGCUGGCUGGCUGGAUUAAUCGACACGCAGGAGCAGCAGUGCACGAAGAGGAGGAGGAGGAGGAAGAAAAGGUGACGGAGGAGAUGAAGGAUGUGCAUUUAAUCCGAACCGUUCCGUAAGCUUGCGAUACGUCCGUUGCCUUAAAGCGCACUCGUCGGAUCUCUUUAUUCUCGAAUUUAAGGGCUCGACGCACAACAAUGAUUUGACAUGCUUUCUUAAAAAACUUGAGAAAAUUAAUCUUAAAAUUGACAAAAUUACUGAAUUCAAAAAUUAAUCAAAAUUGAAGAAAUUUAAAUUAUUUUAUUGAUUAAAAUUAACAAUUAAUUUGUAUUCAAUUUUCGAUGAAUAUAUUAAGUUUAAAUUUACUUUAGAUUAGUUUUCUCAAUUUUUUAGAAAGAUCCGUUUAAAACAUAGUGUUGCACCGAACCCUUUAAAUUUGUAACUCGCUAUACGUUACGCGGCAUCGCUGAAACGGGAGCCCAGUUUUGUAAUCGUAAGGCUCUUAUUUGCCCAAGAUGUGGACCCAUUACUAGCAAAUGUUAGGUAAUAUUUCGUCUCACGCGUUUUUUGUGAUAUCGGCAUAGAAGCAGACAUCAAUUUUAUCGCGUCGUCAAGUCGGCGACCUCUUGUCACGUCCGGUAAUGGAUCUCGACUUGGAAAGACAACAGCUCGUUUUAGCAGGACGUUUACGCGUCUCGCGUCCUUUUACGGCGAACAGAUCGAUCGAAUCGAGAAGUUUUGCGAGCACUCGUUGUGAACAUAGAGCGACUCUAGAAUAACGUUCGCUGGAGAUCAUUCUAUUGCGUCAUAUAUAGAUAGAACGGGAAAGGAAAUCGCGAAUCAUGAUAUUUAUGAAUCUCCAAGCGGAUUUUUGUUAAUCUAGUCUCAUGUUAAACGCCAAUUGCUAUCAUUUUCUAGCGCAAUUCGCAAAAAGCUAUAAGUAUAACAUGCUCCCACAUCUGUAAGGCAAAAAUAUGGAUAAAGAUAAACGUGUCUUUUACAUAACAUGAAAAUGAUAGUUGAAAUGAUUUAUAUUUUACAAUUAAUUCUUUGAUUAUUUUCUCUGGUAAUAAAAUCAAUAAUAGAUUUAAAAAAAAACAUUUUUAACGCUUUUGAAUUUUUGUCUAAAUAAAAUGUAUUCAUUACGCGAUUCCUUCAUGAAUUUUUAUUGCUUUCUUUUGUUAAAUUGAGUGCGAUUGUAAAAAUAAAUCAAUACCAUAUUAGAGAUUUUUCAUAAUAAGAUUAUUAUAUAAAUAUUAAAAAAAACGACAAUUAUUAUU